AUGAUCACUUUGUAAAAGAAGUUUUAACAUAUAAUAAAAUUAUAUGAUUAUUUAUUUCAAUAAUUAUAAUUAGUUUCAUAUCAAUAUCAUUUUACGAAUUAAGGAGAGGAGAAUAAAAUUUUAGAUCAACAUGAACCUUAAAAAGAAACGAGAAAAAAUAAAAAUUUACCCUGA